UUUAACGAAUGCUUGUUCAGUUAUUGCAGAGUGACCAUGUGGUCGGUGAUGCCCUCAUGCGCAGGUUGGGUGGUGGUCGCCAUGCGCACUGGUCGCAAUGGGGUGUCUAGACUUACAAGGAAAGUUCGGUGCGACAAAGCCGUUCCGUGUCUGCCAUGUAGCAAGAGAGGCGAAGCCGAUGCCUGCAUGCGCGAGACGGUCAUCGUCCGUGGACAAGUUACUACAGCCCGAGAUAGCACUGGCAGCCCAUCAUACGAUGAGCUUACCCAAGAAGUCCAACGACUGAGGCCUACCCUCAGCGAGACGACCGCGCCAGAGAGUCACGGCGCGCCUCCCUUGAGUCGCGCACUGCCCUAUGUCGACCACAGCGGGUACGAACAGCUCCUACUACAUACCGGAAAUGACCGACCGGCCUGUUCGACGUUGAUCAGCCCCGACGAAAUUAUCCUUCCUAGUCGUGCUUGCAGCCAAGCCCUCAUCGCAUACGACAGGAGCUGGAACUCCUGGGUUCACUAUGGAGUCGAGUAUCCGGCCUUUGAAGAGCAGCAUGCCCGCUUUCUUGAGAGCCUUGCUGCCGGGGCGGCUCGAUGCUGUGAUGCAUCUGACAUUCAGAAACAGUGA